UUUGAUUCUUAUCUUAUCGAUGAUGUCGGGGUUCUUGUCCUUUCCACCCAAUUGGGACUAAAAGUUAGUACUCUUUUAAUCAAAGAGUCGACCCGCCAGAUUUUGAUUUUUCAACUAAAAUUCCUCAGCGAAACUUCCAGAACAUAUCACAAUGAUAAUAUGACUUUGCUACUACUCCUAAUUAACUACUCUAGCACUUUUGUUAGUUUCCAUUGAUUCGAAAAGAAGCCCGAGAUGAAGAAUUUGUAUCAAGCUGCUGCUUCAGUUGAUUGGGAGAAAGAGUCUUACCCUGAGUACAAAGAUUUGAUUUUUCUCAUCUUUUUCGCUCUAUUCUUCCCCAUCGUUCGAUUCAUACUCGACAGAUUUGUUUUCGAGGCAUUGGCUACGCGCAUGAUUUUUGGAAAUCAGCAAAAGUUGGUAAAUAUCAAUGGCGGUAGAAGGAGGAGGAGGAGGAUCAACAAAUUCAAAGAGUCAGCAUGGAAAUUAGUAUAUUUUCUAUCUGCUGAGAUAUUCGCACUUGCUGUUACUUGUAAUGAGCCUUGGUUCACCAAUACUCGAUAUUUUUGGUCAGGACCUGGGGAUCUGGUUUGGCCUGAUCUAAAAAUUAAAUUAAAGCUGCAAGGUUUGUACAUGUAUGCUGGAGGAUUCUACUUAUACUCCAUAUUUGCAUUGCUCUACUGGGAAACAAGACGCAAAGAUUUUGCUGCCCAAAUGGUUCAUCACAUAACAACAGUAUCACUCAUUGUGCUGUCUUACAUAUUCGGGUACAAAUAUGGCUAACCUUGAUCCAAAAAU